AUGUAAGCAAAUAUGAAAAUAUUACAAUAAUCUGUUUCUAAUUCUAAUGAAUAAUUUAUUGAUAAAAGAGAUCUAACUAAAACUCAUGGAUAAAUCAUUAUUGCUUAUAAAGAAACCAGUUAACAAAUCAGGGACAAAUCGAUUCACUUUUAAUAAUCAAUCCAUUCAAUUAAUCUUACCAAAUGUACUACUAAGUUGGGUACAGAUGAAGUCAAAGACCUUUUUGAUGUUAUCAAUUUCUGUGACAGCAACUCCUCAUUCGAGGCUUUAGAAGAAAAACAAUAAUUAUCAGCUCAAUAAUAAAAAUCAGCUUAGCAGCAGUAGUAACAAAAAUUAUGCUUUUCCUAAAGACUAGGUGUAAUUAAAGAGGAACCAGAGACUCCAUAGAAUAAUUAACUCAAGAAAUUAAAUGAUGAAAUCGAUGAGAUUUGA